AUGGAUCAUGAGGACCAAAUCAUCGAUCCAUUCUCGAGCGAUGCGCUAUGGCGCAUCUCCCAGUUUACUCUCCAGUCAUUACUACCGUUAGAGGCUUUCCCUUGGAACGAGGACCUACCUGAAAUUUCAAGUGGGCUCUUUAAGAAUCCCCUGGAUUUGUUUGAUCAAAAUGGAUCGAAAUUACAUGACCUAGAUAUUUUCGGAGCUGGUUUCUUAGAGCCGAGCCUCCCUCCGGAAUCAACAACGGACGCAGCAAGUGAAUGCCAACCCGAAGCUAACAGCGACACGCGAGAUACCGAUGACGAGCUCGAAGACAUAUGGGCAUUCGAAAAUUGGAGUUUAGAAACCGACCCUCAAAAAUCAGCCAAGUCAUGGGAGAAUUACCAAGACCGCUCGUUUCGCGAGCCUUCAUCGGCGUACUUUAGUGAAUCGGGGGCAAAGGGCUUCGAUGCGGCCCUCGCCCUCCGGGAAAAAGACCAAAUGAACGGCCCGGGGAACGCAAGAUCUAUCGUACGGAACGACGUAUUUUUCCAAUCCUUGUUUCGACUUGGGCUGGGUUGGAGCUCUAUGCUUUUCCGCUACAAUGAGCGACGCCAGAAGUUCGAGAAUAUCCUUAAGCAUACCCGUAUCUCGGGAAUCAGCUUGGUAACGCUCGAUGGGUUGAUUAAUGAGAUUUCGCUAUGUGGAAACAAUAUGCAAAAAGUGCGAGCCUUUGUUGAGAAAGCCCCGACCAAGUCAGUUGAAGCUUCUUCUCUCCCAGCCUUCUCCACUGCUGCGUCUGUGGUUAUCUUCACGCUUGAAAGGCAGUUGGUCAAGGUCUCCAAGCAUUUAACAUCUCUUCUCCAGAUCAAGGCUUUGUUUCAACGCUGUGGUGAGUUGGUCUUAGUGCUAGCAAACAUGGUCGAGGCUGUCGAAAAGGCCAGAUCGGAAGCUCAUAUAAUUUCGUCUAUUCUCAAACUGGCAGCUCAUUAUUCCCAAAUAUAUGGUCAUAUGGAAGCUCUAUUUCGGGAAAUAGUCUUCAGGGUUGUCGGCCCGUGGCUCACGCACGUCGAAUUCUGGGUCGGCUUUCGGCCAGAAACAUCCACAUCGGUCGAGUUAGUAACAAGCGGGAGAAGCUUUGUUUUCUCUGAGAAGCACGAAGACAAGGGCAAGCUUUUGUCUCAAGAAAGGCUUGAAUAUUCCUCCUACCUUCCCGAUCAGAUGCCUUCUUUCGUCCCACCAGACCAGGCGCAGCUGAUUUUCGAGAGUGGCAGAAGUUUGCGACUCCUCACACGCUCCCAUCCGCACCACCCCCUUGCUGGUGACAGGAUACCCAGCUUGAAUCUGCCUAGCCUACGCUGUGCAAGCACCUGGGCCGACUUGGAGAGGAUACAAGCGAAGGCUCGCGAGUAUGAGACGCGGCUCCGCGCAGAAAUUCUCAAAUAUAACCGGAAAGAGCUCCUGGAAGAGAAGAAGGAUUCCAAAGUUUCCGAUAAGGUUGAUCGUGAGAAGUUCCCGGACUCCUUCGCCUUGUUUGACAUUGACGAUGAGCGUAAUGUAACCGGGUUACUUGCGAACAACUCCUCCUUUGAGCGCGACACACUUGGUAGUAUACUGGGAAGAUCGGAAAAUCCGGCUACUGAGCAAGCGGAGGAAUCUAAAAUGGAAUUUUCCCCAGAGUUAACAUCUUCCCUUUAUCUUUCUCUUGCACCUCUCUUAUCGUCCCAGGCUUUACUGAUCGACUUCUCGUGUCUCCACCUUUUGUUUAAAGAACAUAAAUUGAGAGACCAUCUGACUCUCCAAUGGCGAUUCCAACUCCUGGGGGACGGAUAUUUUACCUCUCGACUCUCUCACUCACUCUUCAAUCCUGAGAUGGAAAGCGGCGAGCGUAAAUCCGGCGUUGUACGUAGUGGAGUUCACACCGGAUUACGUUUGGGGAGUCGAGACAGUUGGCCUCCGGCAAGCUCAGAGCUGCGCCUGGUGCUGAUAGGAAUCCUCAACGAAUGCUAUGGUGCCGAGUAUGCGGAUGGAACCGGAAAUCCUGAAUUUGACAAGGAAAAGGAACUACCGGGUGGUCUGAGUUUCUCCAUUCGUGAAUUGACGGAAGAGGAAAUAGUCAAGUGCAAGAACCCAAACGCGAUCGAAGCACUGGAUUUCCUUCGACUACAGUAUAAGCCAUCCAAUGUCAUUGAAUCCAUCAUUACUCGACGGGCUCUCAAUAAAUACGACCGCCUUUUCAAGCAAUUGCUUCGUCUCCUGCGUAUGGUGUCAGUCGUCCAAGGUCUCGUCCGUGACUCAACAAACAGAAACUCACUGUCAGGGGAUACUCGAAACAUUUUACAAAAAUUCCGAGUCGACUGCCAGCACUUCAUCCUCGCCAUCAGCGACUACUGUUUCCACAUUGGCAUCGGCUCCACAUGGCAACGAUUCCAGGAAACGCUCUCCAAAAUCGAAUCCAGCCUUGACCGUGGCGAUGUCGAUGGGACAAUCGAAGCGGCCCAUUCCAUCCCCAGGCUCCGAGCCUACCACGAAGACACGUUAGAUCAUAUGCUCUUCUCCGUCUUCCUCGGGAAACGGCAUGCAGAAGUCGCGAAAUUACUCGACGGCAUCUUUGACACGAUUCUCAAAUUUGCGCCGCUGUCGAGAAUGGACGGGAGGAUCGGCGUGCGUCACGAGAGUGAGACUGCUAUCAAUCGCUUAUAUGCUAUUUUCCGGAAACAGACUUCCGCCUUUGUGGGAUACCUGCGCAGUCUCGAUGGUGCGAGGGUGUCGUCGGCCAAGUCGCGAGGCAGAUCGGGGAUGGCAUUUGCGACGAGAGAGGCGCCCACGAGCAUAUUUGAUCACCUUUUGGUGCGCUUGGAUAUGAAGAGAUAUUAUUAA